AAUCUGGUUGCUGUGGGGAUGCCACGGUCCAUCUCUGCCUUUUGCUUGGAAAGCCUGUCUAUUCCCCUAAGCCACAAAAAGCCCCAGAAAGCCCGAGAACAGAACAAGAGACUAUGAGCAUUAAAAAAAAGGACAGAGAGAGAGCGAGAGAGAGUGGAGGACAGCAGGAGCAAACUGGUUUUUGAAGAGGUAGAUCUCUAAAAAGGUCUGAGUGCUUUGAGCUCACCCAACUACCUCAGGACACUGCAGAGAGUGGGAGGGAAGCAGGGAGAUAGAGAGAGAAAGAGAGAGAGAGAGGGUGUGAGAGAGGGAGGGAGAGAGAGAGAGAGCGAGAGAGAGAUAGUGAGAAGGCGCUCGCUCUCUCUUUUGCUGCUACAACGGAUCCUUUCCACAUCGACGCUACUGUUAACGUCACGCCUGUAAGCCGCGCUUGCCCAGCGCUUGCCUUCUCUGCCUUGCUCCUCUCCCCAGUUGGACGCUGCAUUAGCGAGGGGGUGCUGAUCACCGCGAGAAGAGGAGGAAAAAAAAAAAGAACUGGAAACAAGAAGAAGAGAAAAAAAAAAAAGAAGCCCAGAGAGAAGAAGGAGAAACUGUGCACAACCCCUCCUCCCUCUAACCCACCUCGAUCAACCCAGCUACAAUAACCCCACUCCUCCCAGCACCCCCUUCCAUCCCCCACCCCAUUCCCCCUCUGAAGAAAUUGACGGAUUAUUGGGAAGUGCAGGGGAGGCAGGCUGCAGCUGCUGCUGUGUGCGCUCGCUACUGCUGCUGUGUGCUUCGCGGGGAUGGUGUGCGCGCGUUCGCAUUUGCUGCUGUCGCCGCCGCGGCUCCCGAGGCUGCCGAGGCUGGAGCGUGUGGCCAGUUAAGAGGAGGAAGAAGCUAAUGAAGGCAGUGUGCGUCGCCUAGCCUUUUCAACCGCUGCCAAGCGCUCCCGGAGGAAAGAGGAGGAGAAAAAAAAUAAAAAAUUAAGAAAAAUCAAGUGGACACGACGCCACAUUGAGAGGGGGAGCGAGGGACAGAGCGCAAGAGACGGAGAAGGGCUGUCAGACUGACCAACCGACCAACUGAUUGACUACUAAAAAGUGAACAGAGGAAUAAAAAGAGGAGGGGGGUCUGUUUUUCUUUUUUUUUUUUUCACGGCUUGUCAAUCUCGCCUUCUAACCACUGCAAACAAAAGGUGAAAGAACACUGGAAAGGACUGUGGAAUUCUCAUUCAACCAUCUCCAAACCCACCCUUACCUACCUCCCUCCUUUCGUAAUUUCUGCCUUGGGUUUGGUUGCACAAAAAAAUUGUGCGUGUGGGUUUCGCUGUACCAUGGAGACCUGGUUAAGGUGUCUAGCGGGGGGAUCAACUGUCGGAUUCCAAGGACAAGCGAGAGAAGAGGAGCCGACAGCAAGAAGAGAGCAAGGGAGCACUGCUGCUGCUUUGGGAGCCUGACUGGAUUCCUAUCUAUAGUCUUUUCCUUUACUUUUUUUUUCCUCUAAUCAGCACGGAAAGGGGGAAAAACACUCACAAAGGGCCUUCGAACCUUUUCUCUUUGGAUGUAUGGAUUUACAAAAGGGCUCAUCUUGGUUAAGCUCUUUGGCAUUGAUACCUGUUUUGACAGGGCAAACAUAAAAGGUUUUCUUUGCUGCCCUUGGAUAUAAAUACAGCUGAUGCGAAUACCACUGCUCUUUCUGAUUGCAAAAAGGAGGGAAGCUAUAUAUCUCAGUUCAAGGACCUGUAAUAAUAACUUGAGGUAGGUGUCUAGUGUUUCAACCCCUCUUUGCAUCAAUUUGUAACACCUUACAAUCCCCUGUCUUGUAAUACGGUUUAGGCUGCUUAAUUUGCCAUGUCCUUCUCAUUCACAUGUUUCAGAAAAGUCAGACCUCUCCACCCUCCCCUCUCCUUCUGCCCCUGAGCACAGUCCAUGGAAAUAAAAGCACUAGUUAACUGAGGAUAGGUGAAGUCCCCUUGCUCCUUAGCAAGCACCCAGACCUGUGUUUCCCCCCUUUGUCAUCUUUAAUUCCCUUAACCUCUUUUCUCUGGUCCCCUUACCACUAGUACCAACCAGCCAACCAGCUAUUUACCCCUAUCCACAAACCCCACAAACACCAGCCCCAAACACCCCCAUCCUCCCCCCCAGAUGAUGCUGAAUUAUGAACGUGCCACAUCAUGAGUCUCCUGGGGCGGGUAGCUGUGCAUCGUGCCAGGAAAGCCGCCCUGCUCUGUGUAGUCUUCCUGAUGGCGCGAGCGUGGAGCAGCGCCUCCCUGGCCUUGGCGGGGGCGGCGGUGUCUCAAGGACCCCAGGGCUGUCCACCGCAGUGUUCCUGCAGUAAUCAGCAGGGGAAAGUGGUGUGCACCCGACGUGGCCUCACCCGCGUGCCCCCUGGGAUUCCUGCCAACACGCGACACCUCAAUCUAAUGGAAAACGCCAUUGAGGCGGUGCAGGCUGACUCCUUCCGCCAUCUGCACCACCUUGAGGUGCUCCAGCUUGGGCGAAAUGCCAUACGGCAGAUUGAGGUGGGCGCGUUUAAUGGACUCACCAGUCUCAACACACUGGAGCUGUUUGACAACCGACUGACGGUAGUUCCUAGUGGGGCCUUUGAGUACCUGUCUAAACUAAGAGAACUGUGGCUGAGGAAUAACCCAAUUGAGAGUAUUCCCUCCUAUGCCUUCAACCGGGUGCCCUCACUCAUGCGACUGGACCUUGGAGAGUUAAGGAAACUGGAGUACAUUUCAGAGGGUGCAUUUGAGGGCCUACAAAACCUCAAGUACCUCAACCUGGGAAUGUGCAACAUAAGGGGUGAUAUGCCAAACCUGAGUCCCCUCAGGGGCUUAGAGGAACUGGAGAUCUCUGAAAAUCACUUCCCAGAGAUAAAGCCAGGCUCCUUCAAAGGUCUGCGCUCACUGAAAAAGCUAUGGGUAAUGAACUCACAAAUCACUGUAAUAGAGCGCAAUGCUUUUGAUGACCUAUCGUCUUUAGUUGAGCUAAAUCUUGCCCAUAACAACCUGAGCGCUGUGCCACAUGAUCUGUUCUCCCCGCUCAGGUACCUGGUGGAGCUCCACCUCCACCACAACCCUUGGAACUGUGGCUGUGAUGCUGUGUGGUUAGCACGCUGGCUAAGGGAGUAUAUCCCAACUAACUCAACUUGCUGUGGACGCUGUCACUCCCCUGCCACUAUGAGAGGCAGACAGCUGGUUGAGGUGGACCGAGGUGAAGGUGCUGCAACCCAGUGUUCUGCACCGUUCAUUGCUGAUGCACCAAGGGACUUGAACAUCUCAGCAGGCCGAGUGGCAGAGCUUCGUUGUCGCACAGCCCUAAUGUCUUCAGUGCGCUGGCUCCUACCUAAUGGGACUAUCCUGACACAUGCCUCGAGUCAUCUGAGAAUAUCCGUCCUCAAUGAUGGUACCCUUAAUUUCUCAAAUGUCCUAGCAGCAGACACGGGCACUUACACCUGCAUGGUGUCCAAUGCAGCUGGGAACUCUAAUGCCUCAGCUUACCUCAAUGUGAGCGCAGCUGAGCUCAACACAUCCAACCUGAGUUACUUUACCACAGUGACUGUUGAGGUCUUAGGACCAACUACUGAAAUGCCCAAACCUAAAACUACCACAACCACAGCUGCUGCUGCAGGUGCUGGGGUUGCUGGAGGAGGAGCAGGCCUAGGGACAACAACUACAACUGCUUCUCCUUCAGUCUUUCAACCAGUCUUUAUCUCCACACCAACUGUGCUGCUGCAAAACACUGACAGUCCACCAGGCGCAGCAAAGCCAUCUGUGUUGACUGGAAUCCAAGGUGUCACUGGCAAACCAGGCAAGUCUGGCCCUAGCCUGGAUGAAGUGAUGAAGACUACUAAAAUCAUAAUAGGCUGCUUUGUAGCAGUGACACUACUGGCUGCCGUCAUGCUCAUUGCCUUCUACAAACUGAGAAAGCGCCACCAGCAGAGGAGCACAGUGGCAGCUGCACGAACUGUAGAGAUUAUCCAGGUGGAUGAUGAGGACCUUCCACCACCAGCUUCUGCAGCCCAAGAAUCAUCUCUCACUUUGCCUGAAAUCCGGGACCAUAACAGCAUACACAAACUGGACUUUAUCAGCCACAAGACUGAUUACAGCUUUCACAAACCCAAGGCCGAAUACAAACCCCAGCCGGAUUUUACCCUACACAAGCCGAAGGCGGAAUAUACCACAUACAAGCCGAAUAUGGACUUCAGUAGCCAUAAAUCCAUCCCAGAUUACAGCACUCACAAAUCUACACCAGAUUUCAGCCUUCACAGACCAAAGCCUGACUGCAGCCCGUUUAGACAGGACUACAACUCUCACAAACCUAAGGCAGAAUACAGCCCAUUCAAACCUGACUAUGGCACUCAUGGGAAAGCCAAAACAGACUACAGCCCAUUCAAACCAGAUUACAGCACUCAUCCUCGGCAGAGAACUGACUUCAGCCCUUUCAAACGAGACUACAGCACCCAACCCAAACCUAAACAUGACUACAGCCCAUUAAAAUCAGACUACAACUCACAACAUAAACCUAAAGCUGAAUACAGUCCUUUCAAGACUGAUUUUGGCACUUACCCAAGACCCAAACCGGAUUACAGCCCAUUUAAGCCUGACUACAGCACUCAGCCUAAACCCAAACCAGACUACAAUGUCCAGAGAUCUAAAACUGACAUUACCUACAAACCCAAGGAGCAUUACACUCCCCAUAAGACUGCAACCGAUUACAGCGCCUUCAAGACCGACUUUAGCCCCCACAAAGUGGAUUACAGCGCCUUCAAGUCCGACUUCAGUCCACAUACUCAGAGACCUAAACUUGAUUACAGUCCACACAAAAUGGACUACAGCCCCCAUAAGGUGGAAUACAGUACUCUAAAGCAGCCCAAAUAUAACACCUACAAACCAACUGGCCACGGGGCUAAAUGGACAGACAACAACAUUGGGAACUCUCUGCCUCGAACCUUGCCGAGCAACAUGUCUGAGCCCUUUGUCAUAAAAACUCAUACCAAGGAUAAGGUACAGGAGACUCAGAUUUAAAAAGCCCCCCAAAAGGCUCCCUCUCCUUUCCCCAGGCCCCUAGCUCCCAACCACCCCAGUUCCACUCCCCCUGUGUCCUUUCCUCAUUAAAAUCAUGCAAUAGAAUGCACAAUGAAAAAAGGACAGGAACUACUUUUUUUGUACAGAGUGCAAACUUUAAAAGACUGAUGAUUUCUUGUUGUACAUGCUUAUAAAUAAAUAUAUAUAUGGACAAACUGAAACUACCAUGGGUUGGUGAUAGAGAAACAUAUAUUAAAAACAAAUUGAAACUAUUUUCUAACUUGUAACUUCUAUUUAAAACAAUGAGUUGUUUAAGAUGCUGUCUUGACUUUGACAAAUGAGGGUAGUCUUGUUUUAAAAAGGGGCAUUCUGUGUGAUUUUUACACCGUGCUACAGAGAAUGCAGUGAUAAGAAAAAAAAAAUAUUUAUACAGAGAAGACUUUCUUUAACAAACCGAGAAAAGGUCAGUGUCGAUCUUUACAGGUUUAUCUUGUAAAAGCACCAAGAAUUUGUACUGUGCCAAAUGUUAUAAAUGCAAUAAAAAGGAUUUUUGGAAGAAAAAAGGAAGUAUUAGAGAGAGAUGUUUUUUUCCCCCCUUCUCUUCUCCUGGCGUAUACUGUAACGAUCAGCCAAAUGCUUUAGACACUGCAGUAAGACGCUGCAGCUAUACUUUAACCCUAAGUGUGCUGAAUGACUCAGGCAGAAUGAAUCACGGUGCAGAAGUGGAUGAGGCUGUUUUGAAAUCCCUCCAAAUCUCCUAUUGUAUUCUUUACAUGUAACAGGGGGGUUUCUUAGUUUUUUACUUUCACCGCACCGGUGACUGUCGUGGUGCUUUAUCAAUGUGCUGCUGAUCAAAAGGGCAUAUUUAAUCCGAGCUCUAAGUUCUACCAAUGCGUUAACAUCUUAUCCACAGAUGAGCAUGGGGGUGCUAUUAUAAGUAUAAUACUAAUUGAGAUGCUUGUUAUAUAAUGCUCAUAAAGCAUUAUAUUUUACCGUGUUACCUAGCUCAUCUUCACCGUUACAAGCUGAUCUUAUUAAUCACAUAUCUAAAUGGGUAAAAAAAGGUGAUAAAUUAAAAUGAAAUGCUGUUUGGGUGUUUAGACUGUCUUUCACUUUGCCAAAAAAUAUAGAUCCUAAUUUCACUUUUCAUUACAUUUCCAGCUGUUGGGCCAUCAUCAAUCUGUAUGAGGGAGGGCUUUUUAUGGUGACAAAUGCAUUUGGGUCUCGCUGUUAACUGUGUAUUUUUCAUCUUCAGAUAUAUCACCCCGAUGAAUCAUAAUAUAGCCUCUCAGUUCUGACUAAUAAAGAAAGAUAGCAUACACAGUCGCAGUGGAACUCACCUGUAGUGUUUCAAAGGUGAACCUGCUUGUUUGUAGAGACGACAAUUUAAGACCACCUAGCAGUGCUGCAAGUCUUCCUUUCUUUACUGUUAUUUAAUGACAACAUUGGGAACGGAUAUGGAGUCUCAAUCUUGGUUUAUAUAUAUAUAUAUAUAUAUGUGUGACAGAAAAACCUUGGGAGCUCGUUUCACUAAAGAACAGAAUAACAUGCAGGUGAGAAAUGACAGAACACUACAAAAGAGUGAGAGUGACUGAAAGCUGUGUCGAUCAAAAUAACAACCACCAGCACAGACACUCUGUUGUUAACCUCUAUAGCUAACAAACACGGAGGAAAACGAAGAAAUACAACAUUACGUCAAAUACGACAUUAUCAGAGCCACAGUCAAGGGCGUGUGCAAGCAGGCAGCGAGGCAGGCAGGCAGGCGCAGCUUUUGCCUGGUAAUGUAGUUGACGACAUCAGUUUACAUAACCAGUAAGAAGGGUGGCAAAUGAAGAACUGGUAAGAGAAAGUACCUGCGAGAGGCCACAAGAGAAUAUGUGGAUUUGUCUUUUCAGCACCGUAACAUUUAGAGUUUUUAAGGCAGGGGAAGGGAAGGAGACAGAGGCAGACAAGGUGCAUGACAAAAAGAGUCCAGCCGCUAACGGAGAGAUUAUGCUGUGCCUAACACGAAGUAGAGGAAGACGGACAGAGAGGGCGAUGUGUCUGUGUGUGUGUGUGUGUGAAGGGGUGAGAUUCAUCCGGUUUGAAGAAAUUAGGGAACGUCAUAAAAGCCACAAUGUGAGAAACGAUUUAAAAUGCACUGGGAGUGAACAAACUUUGCAAGUGAUUUAGUUUGUUUGUCUUUUUUAAAUUGCGUUCUAGAGGAUGUCUUGUGUGGUUUGAAGCACCAAGCGCUGUGGAGUCAAUCAACAUUUGUUGUUAAUGUUUAAUUCAAAUGGAUUCCAAUACUGCACAUUAUGAGUCUGGGGCGGAUAUGAUGAGCUCAAUGUUAACUUUUGGAAAAGAAAAAAAAAAUAGUUUUUUUGAUGAAAUAGGCAACACACUGGAAACAGACCAGAACACAAUAGAAAAAGGACAAAUUUCUUUCCUAAAGCAGAUGAGGAUUCAUACCAAGUGCCAGUAUUUUAUCAUCAUCUCAAAAACAGUGUUCUGCUGUCCUCUAAUAACUGACCGAUAUCAGUGAGAUGGAAACAUUGCACUGCAGUGUACCCAGGCAAUUAAAAUUGGUCACUAAAUUAACUAUAAUUCUCAGAAUCUGUUUAUGACUCAGCCUAAGUUUUAUCAGUUUUGUCAGUCCUGCAGGCAAGGACGAGCCAGGCAGACCACACGUGCAAGUCUCCAUCUGCAGUUGUCCACGUCGUACACGCACUUUCUUGUGAUAGCUUAGCUUAGCUUCUGCAGCACGUUGGACUACGUCAGACAAGUGAGAUAAUAAAAGAAUGAGAGCUCCGUAGCUCUGGGGAGGAGAACCGCUGAGAAGGGAACGCAGGAAGCAGGGGGAAAAGAAAUAGGUGAUUACGUCUGACGGUUAAUGUGACUGCUUCAUGUCGCACUGGCCUCUUGUCACCGCUCUGACUCACAUCUCAGACGGCAUGCCUUUGUCUCCCACUUCUGUUUGUUUAAUUGUUUUGAUAACUGUGCAAAGUCAGACAACGGGGCUCUAGCGUGACACGUGCGAGAUGGAUAUUCGAGCACGCCUCGAAACGAGCAUCCUGAACGGAUAGUCUCGCGGGGUUAGAUUGAUUGCGACCGACCGCAUGAGCAGAUGUAAGCACCAUAUUAAGCUCUAAAGAUGUGUUGUGACAUUCCAUCUCAGGCUUUGCAUUGCACGUCCUGCAAGUCUGGGUAAGGCACUGCAGCGUGGAGCUUAUGCUACACCAUAUUGUUCAGCACUGAAAUAUGUUGUGCUAUGUGGUAGCAAAUUAAGCGGCGCUGGGCUAUAAAGGGCUCUGUCAUAUUAAUCGGUCAAAAUGGCUGCGAGGUCAUCAAUCAGCCAAUCAGCUAGUCGGCCACUGAAAGGCUCCGUCUCCAUGGGAAACACUUCAUUCCAUCCCUUCCUCCUCCACAUCAUGUUUUUUUUUUUCCCCCCUGUCUGUGUGCUUCAUUAGCAAUCAUGAAGCCAUUUGAAAGAGGAAGCAAGGCAAGAUGAACCUAUUUAACCACAGCUCAGAGGCUGGGGAGGGUGGGAAGAAAAAAAAAAAAAAAAGGACAGAAGAGGACGUAGAAGAUGAGACGCAGGACAGACAUUUGGACGAAGCGGAGAGGGAUUACUAGAAAGAAGUUGUUAAGGAGCUAUGAAAAUCUGACGAAUUUUGAAAGCAGCUGCAGAUGAAGAAGGCAAUUUUAAAACGGCACGACGCAGAAAGGCGACACAGCCGGAUUACAGCGGCUGAUUUUUAUUUUUUUUAUUUUUUGGCAGACUAAAAUAAAUACAUGCAAGGACAACAGGGGUGGGGUGGGGUGGGGUUGGGGAGGGACGGGGGCAAUUGAGGGAGGACGAGGCUGUGAGGAAAACACGAGUAAGCGAGCACAAACCAGACCGCAGCGCGACGAGGGAAAGGGAAGACGUGGAGGCUGCGAAUGGAGAGAAAGCAAAGCAGAGGGAGUGAAAGGAGGCAAGAGCAAAGGCACUUGGCAAAAGAGUAAGCAGAGCAAAUGUGAUGCAAGAGUGCCAGCUACAGAUGGAACGGGGGAUAUAUAGCUUGGCCGUCGUGAGCCUCGUGCGAUUGGUGAGAGGCCUGGGCUGCGCCACAAGGAGUGUGGUAACGGGUAGGAAGGGAGGUGGAGGUGGAGGUGGAGGUGGAGGGGGAGGGGGGUGAGGCGGUGGGGGUGGGGGCCGCAUUAUGUAGCGGAGUGCAGCAGGUAAGAAGUGCUGAUAAGAGAAAUGGACCACUGGGGGUACUUGAGUAAAGGAGGCUGGUGGACAGGAAGGCAGAGAGGAUGGGAGGAUCAAGAGGUUAGCGCAAAUGGAACCGCGGGGACCGCGGGCCUCCGACGACAAAGGUCAAAAGAAAAAGAAAAAAACACCUUCCCUCCCGCUGCUUUUUGGAAACGCAGCUCGUUUUCAACUUAGAAGAGGCUUUGCAGGACAUUUAGAAACCCAAUUAUUUUGAUGCAAUCUCUUAAUUUGAUUUUUUUUUUUCUUCUUCUCCUUCCCUACUCGUGUUAAUUACUGCGCGCUGUGGCAGAGAACGCGGAGCAGACCAACAGGCAUUACGCCGCACCAGCCCACUUCCUUAUCAGCCGUUGUUCACAUUUUAGACUUCUGACAAAGUGGCUAUAUUUUACGGUCUUACAGCCAAUGUUAUCUGGAACAUGUUGGAUCUCACAUUUCAAGAGAAAACCUACAAGUCGCGCGUGCGCAAUUGUCCCGUCUUUCUAUAACUGAUGAUUUAUAUUUAAAAUGACCUGCGAAGGGCCUAAACAUCUGCAUCCCUGGUUUAUUUGAGGCGUUGGUGCUGCACUGUGAAUGUAGUUUGGAUUUUUUCUUUUUUUUUUUUGAGCCACUGUGCUAGUGGAGCAGAGGGGAGGCUAUUCUAGGCAGGCCUGUGAGCGUGCUGCCUCGUGACUCAACGUGAGUCAGGGCUGGAGCUGUUCAGUCCUAAUGUCAAACAGAGGGACUGUACGGGGCGCGGGGUCAGAGGUGGAGACGCUACACCACGGAGCGAAAAGGAAACGAGACCGCGGUUAGAGAUGGAUCCGGCUCGAGAGAACAUUUUCACCUGAAACGCCGCGCCGCACGCGUUCUUGAAAAACACCGGGACGAGGCGGCGGCGGCGGCGGCGGCGUCGCUGGCGGAUGUCUGCCGGUGCAUCUGCCUUCGACUGUGUGAAAACGGAUGCAAAUAGCCAUAUUCAGUGACCAGCUGGCGGUGCGAUUUGUUGUUGCCGAGGUCAACGGAGGCAGAGGGAAAAAGAGAAAUAAAAUUUAAUCGCGGUAUGCGGCUGGCAGCCGGCCCAGCGCGGCCGAGGCUGUGGUGUUAAAUAGGUUGCGCGCCGACAGGCUGGGACGUAUACGCCGCGGUCAAAUUUACACAGAUUUCGCUGCGUGCGAGAACCGAACGGCGCUUUAUUUAUUUAUUUUUUUCCUUUUGCCACGUGGAAAAACCGAUCAAGUGUGUUACUCCCUGUGAGACAGAGUUUAUUGGCCUUUUGGUGGGUGAAAAACAUCCCUGUGUUUUCUCAGCAGCCUGAGACGGUGAAGCCUCGCUUUUAUGAGCCCAUCCAAUCGUUGAGGCCGAGUGUGUGUGUGUGCACGUGUAGUAAAUCACGUCCACCGAGAGCAGCAAAACAGGGGACUAAGACAUAUGUGAGAUGUGGUAGUUUUUUUUUGUGUGUGUGUGUGCAUGUACCGACACAAAUAAAGACAUAAACGUGAGACACGAGAGGAGCACACGGACGCACAAAAUUGAACCCGCUGACCAUCAAUUUCACUGUUUUUUUUUUUUUUUUUUUUUAGUUGAGAUUUACGUCACGGAGAGAAAU